ACUACGACUAAGGAAAACGUGAAGCAAUACACCGGAGUUUGAGUUUCAUCCACGGACCUUCUACCCUGGGACCUAAGCUCCUGUUCAGUUGGUAUCUUUUGUAGGUGUUAAAGGAGUACAGUUUCGUUAAACAUUGAUUUGCAUGGGUUCUGAAGAGUCAUUCAUGUUUUACUUAGGAGAGCACAAUAACCUAACGGAUAUAUUUCACCAUGGAGGCAAAUAGCAGGCCUGGGGACGUCAACCCCAAACUUCUUACAAAGUCAUCUCAAACUUACCUAAUGAGAUAUUAUUACUAGGUCAGGUUUAUCAGAACAAUGGCUUACGACUGAAACUUUCGUAAAAUCUACAGAAGCCCUAAUAACAGCUCAUUCUAAGAUGGGCCCUUAGUUAUGAAAAACGAUAAAAGUAGGUGAAAACGUAAAAAUUCUUACAUGGUAUUGCAAGAUGGCUGUGUACAGAGAAGUGUCUAGGGGACCCAUCAUGAAGACUAAAAAAAUGCGGGCAUUGAGCAUCGAGGGGUUAACUAGCGACGCAUUGAUCCAACCUCACAUACCUGAUAAAGCGACAAAUCAUACUCGCAUUCUGGAGCUGAGGAAAGAAAAAUCUCGAGAUGCGGCCAGAUCGCGACGUGGAAAAGAAAACUAUGAAUUCUACGAGCUUGCAAAGAUGUUGCCUCUUCCUAAUGCUAUUACCUCACAGUUGGAUAAAGCCUCUAUAAUACGUCUCACAGUGAGUUGUCUAAAACUCCGAGACUUCUCCAGUCAUGGGGACCCACCGUGGAACCGUGAUGGACCUCCCCCUAAUAAAUCUGUCAAAGGGGGUCCCCCUAGGAGGCGCACUCAGUCAGCUGUUGCACAGGAGGUGUUUGAGGCCCACCAGGCAGCUCAUAUCUUGCAGUCAAUGGAUGGGUUUGCCUUUACGUUAGCUAACGAUGGUCGCUUCCUGUACAUUUCAGAAACUGUGUCCAUCUAUUUAGGUCUCUCUCAGGUUGAGAUGACAGGUAGUAGCAUGUUUGACUAUAUUCACCAUGCAGAUCAACAGGAGUUUGCUGAAGAAUUAGGCAUGGUUCACCCAAGUACUACCACCCCCUCCCCUAGCUCUAUGACAUCAGAGGACACUAGUACACCAUUAACAAGCCCCCGGUCACUAACUCCACCUUUACAUGAUAGAGUGAUGGUUAUGAACCCAUCCCUGGCCAGUGGGGAUGACAGGUCAUUCUGUGUCCGUAUGAAGUCUACACUUACUAAGAGAGGAGUACAUGUCAAGUCUUCAGGAUAUAGGGUUGUUCAUAUCAUGGGACAUAUGCGACCUCAGAUGGUUUUCUCACUCACACGCAAACAAGCUCCGCCCCCUCUACUAGGCUUUGUAGGCCUUGCCAUAGCAUUGCCACCGCCAACUGUCAAUGAAAUUUUGAUUGACAAUGACAUGUUCGUCACUCGCUUAGGACCUGACUUCAAAGUUCUACAUUGUGAACCUAGGAUAAGUGAUCUCAUGGAUUUAACUGCUGAAGACAUCCUCAACAAAAGCUUGUAUGAAUUCUGCCAUGCUGAGGACUUAACAAGGCUGAGGACGGCUCAUCAUGACUUAUUGAACAAAGGGCAAGUGCUCUCCAGCUAUUUCCGUCUGAUGAACAAGCACGGUGGCUACAUCUGGUUACAACUAUGUGCAACAACUAUAUGUAACAAUAAGAAUCAAGAUGAUCAGAGCCAUAUAGUCAUUAACUAUGUAUUAAGUGGUGUAGAGCAUUCUAGAUGUGUGAUGAACUUGAACCAGCAGUCAAGCAGUAAAAUGGAAGGGAGCCCCUCAGACCAUUCAGGCAGUGAGGAAACACCAGACCAAGAUGACAUUGGUGAUGUGUCUAGAGACCAGACACAAAGAGACAUGACAUCAGACUCUGCGGGUGACAUCACUCACAGCUCACAUUCAAGUCACGGGAAAACACAUUCCUCCAAUUUCAAUGGAAAAACACAUUCCUUGAAUUAUAGUGGAAAACAUUCCUCUAGUCAUAAUGCAGACAUUUCCCACAAUGAAGAUGCUGGGAAUGUGGAGCUUAAUAAAGCUCCGAACAUUCUCUCAAACACAGACAAUUUGGCUGCUGAUAGCAUGGUCACUGAGGGUAGUCUAACUAGGGAUGAUAUUGAAAAACAUGCAGAUGACAUGAGUAUUGAACAUAGCUCCAAUGUUAUCAGAUCUAGUAGAAAAAAGUUAAAGAUUUCCAGUAGUGAUUUGAUUCAGACUCAAGAGGAGAUUGUGAAUCCAAGUGUGAAUAGUAGAACCACACCAGAAUUGCAGUUAGAGAUUCCAAUGGAAACUAGCCCUGAUAAAUUCCAAGGGGGAAUAUCGAUGUCAAAUCAAGAUAUAGCCCCCCUGGGUCACAUUCAUAAAUCCCCCUCCCCCCAGGAUUUAUCCAUUCGCUCUAAUGAUACCACAUCUCACCACCAGGUGUCAUCCCAAGCAGACACACCCUCCAAUGAAAGCUGGGGGAAAGGGACUGAGGCCGAGAGAGGCUACAGUGAGACCACAGAGGGGGAGAGAUACAGCGAGGGUCCAAACUCUGUACGUGAUCUUGAAGCUGCAAUGACACGUCAUCUCCCUACAUCCUCGACGCACCUAGUGUCCAGUGAGCUGCAAAAUGCUGUUCUUGUAUCUGACUAUGCAGCUUUACAGAAGCAGAAAUCGACCAUACAAUGGAUAGGUUCCCAGCAGCAUCUUUAUGACAGUGCACCACUGCCUGCCUCCAAUCUCCUUCGUCAACUAUACGCAAAUCGUGAAUCUGUGAUCCGGUCAAAUCCACGACCCCAGUACUACACAGAGUCGUCAUUAUUAACACCCCCUGGUGGCGAGAACCACCUCACCCUCGGGCAGCUGUCUAGUAAAUCCCAGGCCAACCUGACCACGCCUAUAACUGUAUCCAAUAUGGCAGACUCUGGUUAUAACAUUACACCCCCUUCCUCUGUAUCUCCAAGUGAGAAGUUUCUUUAUAGUGAGCCAUUCCCCGGGGAUUCCAGUCAGUUUAGGGCAUACAGUGAGUCUGUCAGCCAUGGUGUCCCUAUCAAACCCCAUGCUUACCCCCUCCCUGCACAUAAUCACUCGUAUGAUAGAUGUGGGAGUCAGUACCCCUCAGUUCCUGGGUACUAUGCUGGUUUCCCCCCUUACACCCCUGGCCACUACCCUGGACACCAAUAGCUUAAAUCACCGUCUAUUUUAUUGGUUUCCCUAGAAGAAAAAUCUAUUUUUAUUUUUAAAGGGAGAAUCAGAUCUAGCGAGUGGGCUUUACAAAAAUUAUUUCAGUUUGAAAAUAUUUUUGACUCAUAUGAUUCUUUGUCAUGUGUAUUUUCUAAAAAUCCCAAAGGGUAU